GUGCCUUAAGGCACCCUAUUUCAUCACGUGAUGGCGCUUGGGGAAUGUUGGCUCCGACCCAGCCCGGGAAGAGAACCUCGCUUCCAAAGGCCUGCGAUAGAAUCUCCCCUCCGCGGUUUGGCAUCAAUUGACCUAGCUGCCUUGUCACUGCGGCUGCUGUUGGCGGAUAUCUCGUCUUCCUUUCACCCUCCUUUUGUCACCAUGCUCUCUCGUGCUGCUCGCCCGGCCUUGAAGGCCGGCAGUGCUGCUGCCAUUCGCACUGCUCCCGCCAAUUCUGCGAAUUUCGCUACUCUCCGUGAAAUCGAGGGCCGUCUCAAGUCUAUUCGUAACAUCGAGAAAAUCACCAACACGAUGAAGAUUGUCGCUUCUACUCGUCUUACUCGCGCUCAAAAGGCCAUGGAGGAGUCUCGUGUCUAUGGACAGACCUCCAACACCGUUUUCGAAUCCGCCGAGACCAAGCCCCUGGAGGACAAGAAGACUCUCUACGUUGUUGCCAGUUCCGAUAAGGGUCUUUGCGGUGGUAUUCACUCUGGUCUCAGCAAGGCUACCCGCAGACUGUUGAGCCAGAACCCCAACGUCGACAUUGUUGUUCUCGGAGAGAAGGCUAAGGCUCAACUUAGCCGUUCCAAUGCCCAGAACAUCGUUCUCAGCUUCUCUCAAGUCGGCAAGGACAUCCCGACCUUUACUGAUGCCCAAGCUAUUGCCGAUCGAAUUUCCCUUCUUCCCACGGACUACGCUAGCAUCAAGAUCAUCUACAACAAGUUUAUCAACGCUCAAAGCUAUGAAGCCACUACUGUUGAGGCCUAUUCCGAGGAAGCCAUCACAAACUCCCCCAACAUUUCUGCUUUCGAAGUCGAGGAGGAGGCAUUGGCUAACUUGCGCGAGUACGCUUUGGCCAACAGCUUAUUCUGGGCUUUGGCUGAAGGUCAUGCCUGUGAAAUUUCUGCUCGUCGUAAUGCUAUGGAGAACGCUUCCAAGAAUGCUGGUGAGAUGAUUCAGAAGUUCCAAAUUCUGUACAACAGACAACGUCAAGCUGCCAUUACUGGCGAACUGGUCGAAAUUAUCACCGGUGCUACCGCUAGUGAGGACAUGUAAGGAUCCUCCUACGCCAAAUCUCUGGGAGGGGUUCAGUGAAUGUAAACUUGUCCAUAUAAAUACCUAGACCCAUCAUCAGACAUGUAAAACCAGUUUUUACUUUAUCUUUAGUCUAUCAAACUUUUCUUAUGUUGCAAGACUCUUCAUAAUCGUGCGUGUUUCUAACAUGGACUUCCUUUGCACUGAGCACAGAACUGUAGAUCCGAGUAAAGUUGGAAGUGGGAUAGUCUUUCACGAGGAUUCCCAUCUAGUCUUGUAUUUUCAGAUGAAAUAGGCCUGCCAAAGCCUGCAAACAGAAAAUGGUAAACAAUGGCUACACCGCAUACCCUCUACACGCCGCACACAUUAGCUUCCUUAAACGAAGUGCACGAACAGUCCACAAAUCCUAUUACAAGUGCGCGACGUUGAAACUUCGGUUUGAUAAGUGUUUAUGGCAGCAGCUAA